CUCAAGUUUCUUCUGGGAUUUCACAAGUGACUUUUCCACCGUGUGUUUCUCUGCGGAAGAUGACCAUCCUGAAUUUCUCUAUUGAAUAUGACGGCGUCAACAGCCACAACAUCUUCACUAAUGGAGAUACCAUCAAUGGAAGAAUCAUCGUGGAGGUUUCUAAAGAAACUAAAGUCCGGUCGCUUGUUUUCAUAGCACAAGGAAAAGCUCGGGUUGUCUGGCAUGAGUAUUACGGGCAAAAUCAGCACCGCGUUUUCUGGGCUGAUGAGAAAUAUUACAGUAUCGAGCAUCAUAUCCUGAGAGAAGCGAGACAAGAUGGUACGGAAGUCAUUGGCAAAGGAAGACACAUAUUUCCUUUUUCAUUUGCAAUUCCUGACAGAAGAAUCCCAUCAUCUUUCAAAGACUGCACUGGCAAAAUCGUUCACAAGUUGAAGGCUGAGCUUAAACAAUCGAUGAAGCUGACAAAGAAGGCCAAAUCCGAAUUCACGUUCCGCUCCAAAGCAGACAUGGAUGUUCCCGGACUUCUGGAACCCCAGUAUGGCUCCAAGGACAAAUCUCUCAAGCUUUUUGGCUCUGGAAAUGUUUCUAUGGACAUUCACACUAAACGAAUGGGCUACAAGCAAGGUGAGAAUGUCAAAGUCACGGUGGAAAUCGUGAACCACUCCAGUCGUUCGGUGAAGCCCAAAUUCUCACUGUACGAGAAAAAGAGUUUCUUCGCCCAGGGACGCAGGAGAGUUCACACUAAAGAGAUCCUUAAGGACAAAAUUGAGGCUCUUGCAUCUUCGAGCAAAGACACUGUGACCAAGGUGAUGUCCAUCCCCAGAGAACUACCCCCCUCCAUCCUGAACUGCUCCAUCAUCAAGCUUGAGUACAGACUGAAGGUCUAUCUUGGUAUGAAAUGUACCAAAGACCCAGUGGUCAAACUCCCCAUCGUCGUCCUUCCUGAAGCUGCUCCAGCAACAGCAACAACAAAACGACAGCCUGCGUCCGCUGCUUAUGGAUUUGAAGGCUUCGGGAACCCGACCCCACCAACCUGGAGCACCACACCCCAGCAAGCAGCACACCGACCCUUCGAUCCCCCACCUGCCUAUGAAGCAUAUGCAAUGCCCCCCACUGUUAAUUAUUCUGACAAAAAUAGCUCUUUGAUGUAGAUACCUUCCUUAAAAGUACCAAGCAGACCAUUUAUUUGGCUUUGCACUCCUUAAACGUGUACUGACUUGUGAUGAACACAUUUUUUAAACGUUACCAGCUGUAACAUUGUGUGAGAGAUGGUUAGAGACUCGGAUGUGAAGCAUGUUGUUCAGUGAACCACGCAGUCAGAGCCUUGGUCAAUACAUAGAUAGGUUUUGUUAUUUUUUCUCUCAUUCUUAAUCCCUUGGAAACAUCAUCCAACAGAAGGAAAUGUGGCUGCAGAGGGCGCUGUUGCUCAGUAAAAGAUACAUAGUGUUGCUUUAACUAAUUACUGUUAAAUUGAAUGUGCAGGAACAAUGCACAUGCGGAAUGCACAUUGAUGUAGAUAUGAUUGCUGUAAAUAACAACUGAUAACACUUUUUAUGAAGCCCAAAUUGUUCACUCUUCAAAAUUAGAUGAUUAUGAAAUGCAACUAAUUGAGUAUUUACAAUGUAUAAAUGAGGCUUUAAGUUUUAUUGUAAUGCUGUGUUAUGAAAUGAUUUAAUAUACUUGUAAUAUCCUUUAAACUUCAAUGUAUAACUCAUAAUUAUUCUUUUUAAGUAAAUUUUCUUCGAAGUGUUACUGUGAGAAAUACUUGAACUUGGCUUUCUUCACACAUGCUAUCGAUACUCAUGCUAGAUACUUAAUUUGAAGUACAAGCAUAUCUGAUACUCUCCAGAGGAGGACUCCCAUGACUUUGUUAAAUGACUGACUACAGUCUCCCACAUUCUUUGUACCAAAGUGUCCUUUGGCAAGAAACAGAGCAGGCUCAUACAGCAUGAGUGAUGUGGGAUAGAGAAAGUGCUGCACAUAGAUAAUUGUGUGAAUCAGUGAAAA